GCAUAACGUCAUCCCGCAUACAAUGCCGGACAGGACAGGGGCCAGGGCAAAGCCAAGUACACAUGUCAGCACGUUAGUUGGGUCGGGGCAAUAUCAACGAGCGAUUAAUACCAUGCAUAUGGCUUGGUGUAGAAUGCGCACGUCUACAGUAGAAUGGUAGAGAAGGUCCUUGCAGCUGGGCCCUUGACGUCGAGACCAGGAAAUGCUCGACGCGGGACAUGCGGGUCGAGGCGGAGAUGCCGUCGCACGCUCGCUGUUGGGCAUGAAGAUCUCACCGGGCGGAGGAUUCAGCGAGGGCAGAGAGGGGCGAGGCCUGGGGCAUGUCGAUCGGGCCGCUUCAAGUUGGGCCUGGGUUUGGAUCGAGGUGGUGUUCCUGGGGCCGUCGUUCGACAUCAGGUAGCGACUGGGGGCAGCGGCUCCAGGUGCCUGACAUGUGUCCGGACGUGUGGGACAUGGCUGGUUCGGUGUAGUGCGAACGCGCGGUACCGACUCGAAGUAGUGGCAGCUUUUCUUUGCAUUUGUGCUUGUGCUGGCUGGGCUGGCUGGGCUGAGCGUGACUGACGACACCUGACAGGCCCCGUCUCAGACAGCACGGCGUGCACUCAGCACCACGGCUGCAAAAUCUCUUCUGCUCACCCUCACCCUUAACCUCGCCGGCGAGGCCCUUCCAGCCGGCAGUGCACAUGGCGGGCGGGCUGGUGCGAGCUGGGCCAAAAGGGCAGCGUCUGCCGCUACGAUUGGGCACAAAGGGCAGGAUGCAUCCUGGUGAUCAGGGAGGGUGGU